AGGUCAUCGACAAAUUUACGGCACUCGACAUCCCCGACAAUGCCUACCCAUCUUUCGAAGACCCGCAAACACCGCGGUCAUGUCUCCGCCGGUAAGGGACGUGUAGGAAAGCACCGCAAGCAUCCAGGUGGUCGUGGUCUCGCUGGUGGUCAGCACCACCACCGUACCAACAUGGACAAGUACCAUCCUGGUUACUUCGGAAAGGUCGGUAUGCGUUACUUCCACAAGCAACAGAACCACUUCUGGAAGCCUGUUGUCAACCUCGACAAGCUCUGGUCGCUCGUCCCCGCUGAGAAGCGUGAGGAGUACCUCCAGUCCAAGAACACCGACACCGUCCCCGUCAUCGACCUCCUCCCCCUCGGAUACUCCAAGGUCCUCGGAAAGGGUCGCCUGCCAAACAUCCCAAUUGUCGUCCGCGCCAGAUGGGUCUCGAAGCUCGCUGAGAAGAAGAUCACCGAGGCCGGUGGUGUCGUUGAGUUGGUCGCAUAAAUGGGUUUAUGAUUCAGGGUUGUUAUUCUAGUCGGUAUCUCAUGGCAUGAAAGGAUUGGCAUGGCUACGGCUAUCGGAGUUCGAUCAAUGAUAUCAAAACACAUCACGAACA